UCCCUAAGAGCCUCCAACGGGAUGUCUUUUCUUGUCGCCUUUUUUGCUCUUCUCCAAAAAAUUUUAUAUUCCUCCCGCUUUGUCCCUUUCUCUACUCCUUUUUUUUUUCCAUUUUUCGAGAUCUGAUUCUCCUAUUUAUAACUAAGUUUACUAUCUAAAUAAAUGAAGCGGGAAACAUAUUUCUUAAAAAUAUAAAUAUAUAUAAGUGAGGGCCUCUCAUUGUACUUUCAUCUUCAUCAAGUAGGGUUCUGGAAGCUCUCAAGUCCUGAAGGGAGGAAGAAGGUUCGCCCCUUGAAUUCUCGUGAAUAUGCUGCAGCCCUACUUUGGUGAUCUUUAAAGGGGCCUCUACACCCACCUUCUUCUUCUCCCCCUUCCUCUUACUCAUCUACCUGCUGUCACCAGGAAGAAGCUCAUAACUCGAAUAGCAAUGAGUGCUGAGAUUGCUCACUGCGGCGGAUGCCACUGCAGAAGUGUGAGGUGGCAAGUCGAGGCACCGUCAAGUGUCGUCGCGUGGAGCUGCAACUGCUCGGACUGUGCGAUGCGGGCCAAUAUACACUUCAUCGUGCCUUUUUCUAAAUUCAAGCUCUUAGGGGAUUCUGAGCAGUCCCUCACCACCUAUACCUUUGGUACGCACACGGCCAAGCAUAAAUUUUGCAAGAUAUGCGGCAUAACUUCUUUCUACAUUCCGAGAUCAAACCCGGAUGGCAUUGCGGUGACAGUUAAUUGUGUGGAUUCUGGGACGCUCAAACAUGUUGAGAUUAGGCGCUUCGAUGGAAGAAACUGGGAGAGUUCAUAUGGAAAAGCUUCAAUUUCCUCGUUUUCGAAAUCACCUGAGAAAUAACUGCUGCUUAUUCACUUUAGUUUCAGACAUUAUUUGCACCCAAUUCUCUCGCAGUUUCAGACAUUAUUUACAUCUCUAAUGCUCGCUGAAAAUUGUAUUCAAUUGGUCGGCACGUCUACAUGUAUCAGCAAUAGAUAAAUCUGCAGUUUGUUAUCUUUGAACUGUUCGAAUGAUAUACGUGAAACGCGCUUAAAUGUGGAGUUUUCCGCGCAUCGGAAUUGCGGAGAAUUUGUGUUCAUGAGCAGUGGGCUUUGUUCUAUCUAUUGGUGAAUCGAAUCAAAUUUAUGCCAUUUGGGGUUCGCAUCAA